AUGAACAGCUGGGACCUACCCAGGCUCUUGAGCAUUGCAAGCCAGAGCAUGCUGUGGGACAUGGCCUCAGCCAUUACCGCUCUGGAGUCACUGCAUGAGGAAUUCUUCCCAUCCUGUUCACAGAUCACAUCAAUGGGAGACACAAAUGAAUUCCAUAUUUUCCUCGUUAGAAGGAUCAAGCAGAGAAAAAGUCUGCCACAUCUGGGCUACAUGAAGGUGGAAUGUGUUAGUGAAAGACCCCAAAAUGUAAUUAGUGAGAAGAUCCUGAAAGGAGUGGAGCUGGACUGUGUCCAACAUGUGGAAGUCAAUUGUAAAUGGGAACUGUCCACACUGGCCAUGUUUGAUUCUCAUCUGGGCCAGUUGGUUAUUCUGAACAGACUUUGCCCCUCUCUAAUCAUCAUGGAUUCCCAGAUUUCCCAGGUGGAAGCAGAGAACCUGCUUCAGUACCUCUUGAUAACUAAUUGCUUGCUGUUGGAGUCUGACUUAACAUACUUGUCCUUGUGCCACAGCAUCAGCCACCCUCACUGCCUGAACUCAAAUGGAUGUGGGAUCAUGAACUCCCAGCUCAUCACUGUCCUACUUGCCCUGAGCCACUGCUCCUAGCUUAUCAGUUUCAGCUUCUCUGGAAACCCAGUGUCCAUGGCUGUCCUGAAGAACCUGCUGAGCCAUAUCCUCCCACUGAGGAAGUUCACACUCCUGGAGUUUCCCAUUCCUUUGGAUUGCUACUAG